UAAAAUCUCUGCUUCAAGUCAGUCAUUCAAUUCAAUAACGUUUUACAAUACAAAAGACAGGUCACAAUUUUAAUGGAAAAAUAAUGCCAGUUAAAGUUGAUAUUACUCCACCACCUCCAGCUAAUUCUAAACAGCCCGGGGUGACAAAGUCUCUGCUCUAUAACGGUUCUAAAUUUCAAGGGCAUCAAAAAAGUAAAGGAAACUCAUAUGAAGUGGAAGUGGUUUUGCAGCAUGUAGACGAAGAAAAUUCAUAUUUAUGUGGAUAUUUAAAGAUAAAAGGUUUAACGGAGGAAUUUCCAACACUUACAACGUUUUUUGAUGGAGAAAUCAUAUCUGCCAAAUAUCCCUUUCUAACAAGAAAAUGGGACGCUGAUGAGGAUGUUGAUAGAAAACACUGGAGCAAGUUUGACUUGUUUGUGCCCUACUUGAAGACAUUCAACUCAGAUUCAUUUGAUUAUGAGUCUCUUGCCAAGGCUGAUUAUGUAUUUAUGAGGUGGAAGGAACAUUUUUUAGUUCCUGACCACACAAUAAAGGAUAUAAAUGGUGCUUCAUUUGCCGGUUUCUAUUAUAUAUGCUUCCACAAAUCUGCAGCUACUAUAGAAGGAUAUUACUAUCAUCGAAGUUCUGAGUGGUAUCAAUCAUUGACUUUAAGCCAUGUCCCAGAACACAGCAUCCAAAUUUAUGAGUUCAGAUGAAAUAACUACGUGAAAAUGUUGACAUUUCAAUUGGUAUUUGUGUCCGCUAGUACUUACUUGUUCAUUAAGUCUUCAGCCAAAAGACAAAAUGAUUAUGAAUGUUAAGUUUCUUUCUGUAAUGUAAGCAAAAGAUGUCAGGGUCAGGGCUAAACUUAGAACAGAUUUCACUCGGAACAAAACCACCCAGUAAUAAUUUGUUAUGCAAUUUCUGUUUAUGAAAGACAUCACCUCAAACUGUUCUUGCAUAUACUUUAAUUCUCUAUAGCGUUUUGUAUUUUGUAGAUAAUGUAUGUUAUAGGAAAGUGAAAUACUCUAUAAUGUCAUGUGCUUGUGUUUGAAUGUAUUGGCUGCGUACAUUAUGUAUAAGUUUCUCAAUAAUACUGUAAGUAUUCUUAUUAUUGUGAUAUUUUGUACAAAUUACUGUGUAUAAUAAGUAUAGGUUUUGUUUCUAUUUUAAUUUACGCAUCCUUUAUUGUGAAUUUAAUAUUAAAGUUACCUCAAGUGCUGCGAAUUGAACAAAGUAUGUGCAAGUACAGAGUAUCCUGAUUACUCGAAAAAGUCAUAAUUAUCGAUAAACUUGUAGGAAUUAUUAAUUCAAACAAUGUUAUUGAUGAAUUUGAAUAUUUUUUUUCAAUAAAAUGUCUUACACGC